GCUUCCAGGGCCAACGAGGUCCGACUGCAAGCGGAGCUGCAGGCAGCAAAGGAGCAGAUCCAGCACUUGGCAGCAGCACUGGAGCAGGAGAAGUGUGCCCGUGCAGAAGCUGCACUUGCCACUCAAACAAAGAAAGCUGAGGCAUCCCCUCGAAGCCCGAGAACUCCAAAAAGUCCACAGCGCGUGGCACGAGCGCCGGCAUCGCCGCGCCGGGCGGAGAGCAGAGGGAAGGAGCCGGAUGACCACCGUGGUAGCCGAAGUGGCGAUGUGGCGCCUGCUGCAAGGCCGCUGGGCGAACGGCGAGUGACGAGAAGAGGCUCCUCCCCUGCAGCAUUGCGGCGGUUGGCAAAGGAUGAGGUGGAUACCAAGUUGACGGAGUACCUGGCAUCAUCGCCACACUGCCAACUCGAGUUCUGCAGGUUAAAUCAGGGCUGGUACCAAUUCCGGCACGUCGACGCUGCCAUGGAGACAAAGUGCCUGGAGAUGUCCAUCGUGAACGGAAAGCUCAUGGUCAAGUUCGAGCCCACAAAUCACGAUCGCGGAUG